CUUUAAGCAAAGGUAGAGAAUACAGGUUUUUACCUCUGUGAAUCUACAGCAAACCGUAGGAUACACUGAAAGCGGCAAACUGACAUACACAGUCAGCCAAUUAGACAUUUUAACUGGGCAUGUGGAUCUUCUCAACACAGUUUCAGCUGCAACCUGUUUGGAUUUCCUGUCUGACACAUGGAGAUUCACAUCAGUCUCUGUGGGACUCUUGUUAAAUAUAGUUCACUCUGUAUGCAGGACGUGGCAUCAGCCACCACAGUGUACUUUCCUGGUGCGUAGACCACCAAAUGGCAGUAUGAAGACAUUUUCGAUUUGGUCAUCUGUCCUUGUGAUUUUCCUGUUCUCCCCACUUAUCAUCACUGUGUGUCAUGGCGGAAAUGUGCUUGUGUUCCCCAUCGAAGGGAGCCACUGGGUAAACAUGAAGAUCCUUAUCGAGGCUCUGCAUGCUCGGGGGCACAAUAUAACGAUUGUACGCUCAGACAAGAGCUGGUACAUCGAGGAGAAAUCUCCCCUUUACAGCUCCAUUACCGUGCCUGUGGAAGAGAGCAUAGAUGAGGAAUUUAUUCUAAAAAUGAUCAUGCAAGGACUUGACAUUCAAAGAGGAAAAAUCUCUGUGAUGAACUUUGUCAGCAUGCAGAUUCAGAUGUUUGGCGCACUCACCAAAGCUCAUCACAUGGUGAGCAAAAUCGCAGAGGCAAUUUUCAAAGACACUAUGUUGACAAAAAGAAUUCAGGAAAGCCAGUAUGAUUUAGUUCUCACGGAUCCUUGCUGGGGUGCUGGAACAUUAUUGGCAAAGUACUUUAACCUGCCUUUGGUUUACAAUGUGAGAUGGCUCCCCAUCGGAGAGGGGCACUUUGCCAUUGCACCUUCUCCAUUAUCCUACAUCCCACUCACGGGAUCUGGCUUUUCGGACAUGAUGUCCUUCACUGAACGGAUCAGAAAUGUGAUUUUCUAUUUGCUUAUGCUCUUUCAUGAUAUGUAUCUUGUCAGGCCUCAUUACCAAGCUGUGUGUCACCAGUACCUUGGCCCAGAUGUGGACUUUCACUCAUUAAUGCAAGCAGCUGAUCUCUGGCUUAUGAGGGUUGAUUUUGUUUUUGAAUUCCCUCACCCUACAAUGCCCAAUUUUGUGUACAUGGGAGGGUUCCAGUGUAAGCCAGCUAAGCCUCUGCCCCAAGACCUGGAGGAGUUUGUGCAGAGCUCUGGAGAACAUGGAGUCAUUAUUAUGUCAAUGGGUACCUUUAUUGGUCAGCUUCCCCAUGAUAUAGCAGAAGAGAUAGCUGCUGCUUUUGCCCAAAUGCCUCAGAAGAUCAUCUGGAGGUACACAGGAGAAAGGCCAAAGACUCUGGGUAACAACACCCUAUUGAUCAAAUGGAUGCCACAGAAUGAUCUCCUGGGCCAUCCAAAGACCAGAGCCUUUGUGGCGCAUGGAGGAACCAAUGGAGUUCAAGAAGCCAUUUACCAUGGCAUGCCAGUAGUGGGAAUCCCAAUAUUCUUUGACCAAUAUGACAACCUCCUUCGACUGCAAAGUAGAGGAGGAGCUAAGAUCCUCGAUGUACUAACUUUAAACAAAGACAUCGUCCUCCAGGCCUUACAGGAAGUGCUCAAUGAACCAUCCUACAGGAUGAACAUGCAGAGACUCUCCAGGCUGCACCUGGACCAGCCAAUGAAACCAAUGGACCGUGCAAUGUUCUGGAUUGAGUUUGCCAUGAGACACAAAGGUGCUGCUCACCUGCGCACAGAGUCCUACAAGAUGCCCUGGUAUGCCUACCACUCAGUGGACGUUAUAGUGGUGUUAUUGGCUGCCGUGCUUCUUAUCUUACUGACUGCUGUUGCUAUCAUCAGAUGUUUGUGCUGCAAGGCAUGCAGGGCAAGAAAAAUAAAAUCUGAUUGAAUGUACUGUUAUCUGCUUAAAAACUUCAAAGAUUUAAAAAUAAAAGGCAUUGCUGAAAAUCUCUUUUAGAUUUAACGACUGCCAAGUUAUAUUUGUACCGAUCUGUAGCCUAUUAGUGUAAUUGAAAAUGCUUAUUAAACUCUUUUAAAUCACA